CUCGUUUAUAUUCAUCUUUGUUUUUUGUGAUGAGAAACAAUGGCUCCUUUCUAGAGCAGCUCUGUAGCAGGAAGACGUUGGUAACUACAGACACUUCUCAGAACUGGCAUAUGGAAAAUACGUUCAGGCAUAACAUGUCGAUUGUGUUUCAAGUCUUUCUCCAUUGCUGUCAUUAUAAAGCAGCAAGAUUUGUGUCUAUGUUUGUUACUUUAUAGGAAAGUUCUGCUCAGGAUUAUGAGCAGGAUGAAGAAAGGAUUAAACAUAGACAUAGUUACUACAAACAWUUUUCAUGUCAUCUCUUUAUGCUAUCACACUGGAAAGAACUUAAUAUUGAUUGUGAACACCGCACAUGAACAAAUACCAGGUAGAAUAGCAACUUCUGCUUCCUUGAGCUGUCAUCAAGUAACUGUAUGUCCUGAUUGUCGCUAGGACUGUCAGGGAUCAACCCUGAUCCCUGGGCAUUUGGUACAGAACUCUCACUGGCAUUCUUUGGAGCAAAUUGACUGCACUCUCCAUGCAUAUCAGUGGUAGCAAAAUCAGGAGGAAGUUGUUGUAAUAUAUUCUGGUGCCUCAUGGAUGGCACAAGGGUUAACAAAUGCACAGGCAGUGCUGAGAGCUGAAACACAAGAGCCCAGGAAAGACACAGAGAGUAAGCUUUGAGAGACUACUGAGAGGGUAGACAGUUUGAAAAUUUAGCCCAUUUUAUAAAUAAGUAACUGCUUCAAAAAGAAGUUGUGAUGCCCAGUGUCCUGCUGGCUGUGCACUGGCCUAGGACACACUGCACUCUGCUGCUGCACAUCAGCACACAAUCCUCCAGUUCACCUCUGCUGUGCUCCACAGCACCCUGUAUUCUAUUCGGGGGCUGUUAGUACUGCUGAUCACUGCAGCAUCUAAUCAAUUCCCUCCCCAACCUCUUCUACCUUCAUAUAGYAUGAUCAAUUAUUUUUCCUUUUUCUGUCAUGAUAACAAAUGGCAUUUCUGCCUCCUCUUUAGCAGGACCAUAAGUUUGCUUUCUKCAGUUUAAACAUUCUUAUUUAUUAUCAUUGUGCUGAGCUCAGAAUUAGCACUGAGUUUUAGGGAAUUUUAUAUUUAAAAUUUUCAAAUAAUAUACUCACUGCUUCUAAAGGAAUAACCACCAUAGAAGCUCUGAUAUUAAAGCAUCUGUGUGCGUUCCAGCAAUUGAAAUCUGGGUUAGAUUUUAAAUUCACUCCCUGUAUCAAAAUAAGGAGCACUCAUGCUACUGRAUGUUCCCAUUCAGAGGGCCCUCUCCUGCUGAGGCACUGAAAUACUUAAUCCAUCCAUUCUAAGAGCUGUCCAGUUGUUGCAAAAACAUAAAUUGACAGAAAUCAUACGAAGUAAACAUUAACCUCAGCCUCAGAGUAGGAUGUUACUUAAGCUGAAGGUGCAGAAGAGGCAUGAGAGAAAGCACUUYCUCAGUCUGACAGAGUUCUGACUGUCUGGGAUCAGCCACCCUUUUGAUAUGAGAUGGACAAGCUCCUUCCAGAAAUGGUUCUAUACCAGUGGUUUGUUUUAAUGCUCUUUAUGUUGGGAGGUGGUCAAUCCCUCAGAAGUCCCUCAUAAAUCCUCAUCCAUGCCAAAUGCCCACUGCUGUACCAGCAGGCAGGAGACAGAGACACACAAGCCUGUGAUGACCAAGACACAUYACACACUGGACAACCAUCCCUCAGCCAGAGAUGACCGGCUUCCGAUCAAACCURGUACAGUACCAGGGGCUCUUUCAAAUGAUCACRGUCCUGGGGAUUGGUGGAACAUUCCAAAUUGGCUUUCAAAUUUCCACCAUCACCUACAUGUCUCAGCAUGUUAAGGCUUUCAUUAACGAAACUUGGCUGGAGCGAUACGGCUAUCCCAUCCAACAGGACAACCUCUUGUUCCUGUGGUCUAUCACUGUGUCCAUCUUUGGUAUAGGAGGUCUCUUGGGUUCUUCAGGAAGUAGAUACCUCACUGUCAAAUUUGGCAAAAAAAAAUGUCUCUUGUGCAACAACGUGCUCAUGAUAGUGGCAGCCUCUGUCAUGGGCUGCAGUAAAAUAGCCCAGUCCUUUGAGAUGAUUCUAAUUGGACGUUUCAUGUGUGGAGUAAGUGCAGGUCUUUGUGUUCCUCUACACCAUCAAUAUGUUGGAGAGAUUUCCCCUAGGAAGCUACGUGGAUUUGCAAACUCUACUUCCUCUUUCUUUUGGUCAUUGGGAAAAGCCGUAGGGCAAAUUUCAGGACAAAGGGAGCUGCUGGGCAGCCAGUCCCUGUGGCCCAUGCUGAUGGCCUCCUGUGGACUCCCAGCACUGGUCCAGCUGGUYGCGCUUCCCUUCUUCCCAGAGUCCCCACCAUAUCUCCUCAUGCAUAAAGGAGACCAGGAAGCCUGCAAAAAAGCCAUAAGGCAGCUUUGGGGUGAAGGCCAACAUCAAGCAGAGAUUGAUGACAUCAUGAAAGAGAAGGCAACAAUGAAAAACACCAAGAUCUUGAGUGUCCUGGAACUAGUGAAAGAACCAGCUUUCCGUUGGCAGCUGUACAUGAUAGUUAUUCUGACCGCCACAAUUCAGCUAUGUGGCAUCAAUGCAAUUUAUUUUUAUACUUUUGAAGUCCUCCAGGCAGCUGGCUUUGAUGAGAAAAUGGCCUCCUACAUGACCCUCUCUAUUGGACUCUCUGAACUUGUAGCUGCUGUAGUCUGUAGCUCCAUCAUUGAGCGACUGGGCAGGAAAGUGCUCCUAAGAGGAGGUUACUGGAUCAUGGGUUCACUGCUAGCUGCUAUCACUGUGACUCUUUCUCUACAGGACUGGUACUUCUGGAUGCCAUACUGCAGCCUUGCUCUCAUUGUCCUGUUUUCAGUUGUCUUUGCAGUUGGACCAGGUGGUGCCACAGUUUCCACCAGGGUUGAAAUUUUCAAGCUGUCCUGCAGACCUCCUGCCUUUGUGAUCAGCGCAGUUCUYAACUGGCUGGGAGUGUUUGUGAUCGGCACAACGUUCCCGUUCAUUGUGGAAAGACUCAAGCACUUCUGCUUCCUCAUCUUUAUGGUGGUACUUUUCACUUCAGGGAUAGUUAUCCAUCUGUUCCUUCCAGAAACAAAAGGGAAAUCAAUCAUGGAAAUCACAGAAGAAUUCAACAAGUUAAACUUUAAAAACAAGUGUAUUCCAACAGCUCCAAAUCAUGUCACAGAGGAUUAUACCUUCUGCACCAGGCUUUGACUGGCGGUAAGGGGGAAUCAGGCUUUUGUAAAAAAGUAGGGGGAAAAAAGACAUUUGCCAUUUUCUGACUAACAAGUCACACCAAAUGGACUGUCAGCUUUCCUAUCUGUCACUUACAAGGUUCCCAUUUYGCCAAACCAGCUUCUUUCUCAAGCACUCCACUCUGGGCAGCUCUGAAAAGGGAUAAGGGCUGAUAUUAAYGGCAUAGACUCAUGUGAAUCAUGAGCAUUUUGGCUUAAUGUGCUGAUGUGUAAAUAUCUUAACACAGCAACCAAUACACACUGAAACUACAUGCAGAAUUUAUAAUCACUCUGCUGACCACAGAGAAAGGAAAGAYCUAUGAUCCUCUCUCUCUAUGAUUUCUGAGUAUGUUUUUACAGCCCUGAAAUGGGAACAGUGAAGUUCUUGGCUUGCUAUCUCUGGCUAGGGUUCAAUACAUAACAGAUUAAAGAAAAAAUUUAGUGGAAUAGGAGAUAAAUUCUUUGUUUCUGUAGACUCAACUGAAUAACCAAAACCUUGCCAGGUUCCCAUGCACAGUGCCAUGUUGUCCUUGGGUASUAUCUAAUCUGACAGAAUUCAGCCAUUUCAGACUGCCUUUCAGCAGCAAUAGAGCUAAAGGAUGGAUGAAUAGAAUCCAGUCACCAUAAACCCCAGMACCUACAGUCAUUUUAGAUACUCUGUGCUAUCCUGCCCAUCACUGCUGUCAUCUCCAGUCUGUAGCUCCUCCUCCAGGAGCAGAAUUCCCACMGACAUCUCAAGGGCUGUGAAUCCCAAAGCAACUGAACUGCUACUUUUCUUGUGUGACUUUCGGCUACCUGGAACAASCUUAUCCCAGAAGAAUCGCCUCAGACUGGAACUGAUUUAAUCAGAACUUUUUUUGAAAUAUACAGGCCCAUUGGGCUUUUCUUUUCUUUAGAAGGUGUCUMAUAUUUUGCAUGUUUCCCUGUGUUAAUGAGAGGCUUAUAUGGCCAUGGAUGGAAAGCAAAACUAUUAGGAAGAACAUGAGCAAAGCUAAGGCUUACAGUGAAGCACAAUAUGCAAUAAAAAGUCAAACUCUAGACUUGCACAAUAAAAUAAGUGGGUUUACCUCUGCCGUUGCUUUGACUGGMAUAUUUACUUCAACUCAAAUAAGGUUAUUCAAAAUAAUAAUUCAACUGUUCAUCUUAACUGCUGCUUAUUUUUAAUUGCAAAUGGUAACAGUAAUAAAAAUGGCAGAUUGUCUUGUAAAAAAACUUUUGGCCUCCACAAACGUUUG